AAGUUGUGCGCAAUUUCAAGUAUUCAUGUCUAACAACAAUAAUCGUAAAGUAGUUGUCGGGCUCUAUGAUUAAGUAUUACAGUUCAUAAAACGCAUAGAUAAAUAUUUAUUCAUUUACCUUGAGUCAAUAACGUAUAUAUUAUGUAGUUUUGGUUAUUAGAGGUGCGCAUAUUAACUAGGUACCUGUUCGCUUCUGGAGUUUGCUCAAAACAAACACCGCUCGAACGUCAGAAGGUUGCUUAUUACAUUACCUACCAAUUUACAUCUUUUACGUAAAUCCAAAUUCGUAAAAAAAUAGGUUGUUAAAACUUGAUUAAAUAGAAAACCUGUUUGAGAUGGCGGUAGCACAUUUCGUUCCUGUUUAUAAUUAGAUAUUGAGGUAGACACUUUGUGUGAGAUGCGCGAGUGAUUACAAAUGUAUGUAAAACAAGUGAAAAGUGCGCUAUUUCAAAAUGAAUAACAAAAAGAAAACCCUUUUUGGGAAAAAGAGGAAACCCAAGAUUCCCUUUACCGUUCCUAUUAUUGUUGUGGAUUCGGCAUCGUCUUCCUCUCUUGCGGCGGAACAACGAUCCCCAGGUUGGGCGAUUCCCGCACCUUCUGCACCUAGUGACGAGGAAGAUGACAUGGAUGAGGAAUCAGGGGACGGUAAGGACGUGCCCGACGUUCCAGAAUGUACGGCGUCGUUCAGAAGGAACAGUAUUUCUUUGCCAAAUUUGGAUGCCUUAGAGCUUAAUUUGUUGGAAAAUUACCAUCGAAGUGUUAGUGAGCAAGAGGACACGCAGAAGACGCAACAUGUGGAAAGUGAUACAUCUGAUGACGAGUUCAUAGUCAAACCCAGUGUACCUUUGAAAAAUUACAGAAGAAAAUCGGUUACCAGUCCACCACUUAAGAUGUUGAAACCUCAAGGGGAUGACGACGACAGAAGCAAUUCACCGGCAAACUCAAUUACGUCGAUUAAUUCAUUGGCGAGUUUGCUACGUGAAAAAAUGCAGAUGUUUCCAGGUGUGCUCAAGAAGAAAAAACCUCACGACUACAAAAUACGGGCGUGUGUCGCUUUUCUCUUUUUGACAAUUAUCUUUCUCGUCACGCUCGCCUAUGUUCUUUACCAGCAGAAAGUUUUGCAAAGGGCGUACUUUGAAAAAAUUAAAUUUAACAAAGCGGCUCGGUUAAUUGAAAUUUAUAAUCUGGACGGCAUAAAUUCGAUCCGAGGGCGGCUUGGCAUUACAAUGAACUACAAGCAGGCGCAUUCUUGCCUUCCUGCCGAUGAAAGGAACGAUGGGAGCAUAUGUUUUGAGUGGAUGGAUCGCGCAAGAUUGUAUUUGAAGCAUUACGACUUGAAUCCAGAAGUGCGCUGUUAUAAUCUACAGUGGAUAUCUCUCUCCGAGAACAUCAAUCCGACUGAUUGCUUCGAUUUAUCACUUGGAAGUGGGCACUGGUACGGCGGAGGGCAGACUUCGGAAUCAGCAUGGCCUUUAGAAAAAGGGCUGCAUUCCUUUGCACCCUUCGUAACCGGAAGAAUUGAAAAACACGAAUGGGGAAAUGUCCUCAGAAGAUUUUUUCUCAACUCAAAAGGUGCAGCAAUUCUGAUAGAUAAUGAAACGCCCCUGUACGUGUCUGUAAGUAAUCAGCGGGGCAGAGAGCUGUGUCUGCAGGGACAGUAUGAUAGUUUUGCAUUUGUGAACAGAUUGCACCCUCUGCCCCAUCUAACCUACAGUGUUUGUAUCGGUUCCGGAAUGACUAGGUUACAUUCGUUUAUGACUGAAAAAACUUUGUGGGACGGUUUAAAAAAGGAGGAAAUUAAUAUCAUCUAUUCUCUUCUCACCGAACCUCUGUGGGAAAUAACGACAGCUACAAAAGAAGAAUUUACUGAAGGCGCGGUUGCCAAUUACACUGAUGACGUUAUCGCCCUUGGUUUUCUAAAACAAGGCCACGUGCUCAUAAACGAAUUUUGGCAAAAGCAAAUUGGGGAUUUCACCGUUGACACAGAACGAUUUCCUUCACUGGAGGAAACCAUUACAAUCAUGCACAGAAGAGGAUUUCGCAUAGUUUUCACAAUUCAACCCUAUAUUUCCACAGAAAGUGAAAGUUUUGCUCAUGCGGUUAAGAAUAGAUAUUUAAUUUCUGAGAGAUUUAGUGAUAGACGAAUUCCGGCAUUGACCCGCUACAAAUCACUUGAAAGUGCCGGAGUGCUGGAUAUAACGUAUAAUCGAACCAUACCAUGGUUUCAAGACAAACUGAGAGCUGUAAUGAACAAAUACAAGUUUGACGCUUUCUAUUUAGAUUUGGGAGUUGCUUACAAUAUGCCACAUUAUUACCAAUGCGAAAAGCCACUAAUUAAUCCGGAUCAUUACAAAACUCAGUUCAUAAACAGUAUCCAGGGCGCGGUCAACAUCUUUGGUGUUAACAGCGCAAUUGAAAUGCCGAGAGCACCAUCGUUUGUAUCUCUCCCACAAUUUGAAUCAUCAUGGGACGGGUUACAACGAGUUAUACCCACAGUUUUGACAUACGGAUUAAUCGGCUAUCCCUUUUUAAUUCCCGGCGCUGUUGGCGGUGAUUACGAAGCGCCGGGUUGGUGGGCGUCUGUCAAUUCAACAUCUGAUGCGGACGUAUUGCUGCCAGACAAAGAGUUAUACGUACGAUGGCUUCAACUCGCAACAUUCCUACCUGUUAUUCGGUUCACGCACCUUCCUAGCAAAUACGGAGAUGAUAAGGUGCUGGAAAUGGCACGCAUUUUAACACUACUAAGGCAACAAACGGUCACACCUUAUUUGAAGAAAUAUGCGGACGAGGCGUUAGAUUCCGGUUUGCCCUUAAUUCGCCCACUUUGGAUGAUAGAACCCAAUGAUCCCGCCUGCCAUAUUGUCGCAGAUGAAUUUUCUGUGGGAGAAGAUUUAAUAGUCGCUCCAGUUUUAUAUUCAGGCGCACGUCAAAGAGAAGUAUAUUUGCCGGCGGGUGUUUGGAAAGAUGGGAUUGAUGGAAGUUUACGAAAAGGUAACCGCUGGAUUCACGAUUAUAAAGUCGAAGAUAAUCAAAUUGCGUAUUUCGAAAAAAUGCCGGAUAAUACCAGGUUUUAGUGACAAAUCAUCUGUCAGUUAUGAUAUGAAUUAAAAGACUGAAUUUGUGUGUUCUUAGCUUUAAUUUGUUGUCGAUUAUUAUUUCCGAAUGGGCGAGCGAAGUAAAGAAGGCAAUAUAUAUAAUUUGAGAGUCGUAAA